AUGACCAGCGCCUGCCUCGUCCUCGUCAGCGCCACCUUCUGCCUGUCUGCUGCUCUCUCCUGCUGUGACGAGUCGCUCGAUCGGCGCUCCGUACACACAGCUCUGAUCAAAUCCCAACAGGAGAAAGACCUGAUUGAGGCUCUGCAGGCGGUUCUCGAGAAAUUAAAGGACAAACAGCUCCCGAACACUGUGAAGAAAUUCGGCCAACUUCCCUUGUGUGAUGCCGGGGAGCAGUGUGCAGCGCGUAAGGGGGCGAGGGUGGGCAAACUGUGCGGCUGUCCCCCCGGGACCACUUGUGACUUCUUCAUCAUGAAGUGCCUCUGAAGAAAGGAUGGAGAACACACCAAGUGUACACCACUGCACUGUUUUUUUCAUGUGAAGGUCUACUACUUGUAUGAAGGUCACA